CUACGAUGUCACGGAUUGGCUUAAUUUAUAUACCACGUGAGCGGUAUAUUGAGCAUCUAGAAGUAAAAGGCGGCCGGACGACCUACAUAGCACAAAGAAGGAUCAAGUAAACAUCAAAUUUUGAACUCCAAAUAGACAGAAAAUGGGUCGCGCAAAGGUUGAUGGAAGGCCAGGUGGAAAGAAAGCCAAGGACCCUAACAAGCCAAAAAGAGCAACAUCUGCAUACUUCUAUUAUCUUGCAUUUUGUCGAGAAGAGGCAAAGAAACAGGGCAGAUCGAUAUCAAAGAUUGCAGAAUUCACAAAGGAAGCAUCUGAGAAAUGGCGAAAUCUAAAUGGUAAAGAAAAACAAGUAUUUGAUAACAAGGCUGCAGCAGAUAAGGCGAGAUAUGACCGAGAGAUGCAACAGUAUGGAGGUGGCAGAGGUAAACAAACAAAGGAUCCAAAUGCACCAAAGAAGCCCUUGACUGGCUAUUUCCUUUUCUUGGCAGACUUCAGGGAACGUCAUAGAGGAAAGGAUAUUGCAAACAAAGAUUUACUGAAAAUGGCUGGUGAAGAAUGGCGGGAGAUGGACGAUUCAGAAAAAAUGCCCUAUGAGAAGAAAAGUCAGGAGGGACAGAAAACAUAUGAAGUACAGAUGGCAGCAUAUAGAAAAGGUGGAGCUUCAGCAAAUGGAGGUGGAGCAAGUGUAGAAGAUGACGUUGACGAUGAUGAUGAAGAAUAUGAGGAGGAGGAGGAAGAUGAAUAGAAAUUGUGAAUGUUUAAUUGUUGUGAAUUGUCAGAUUGUGAAGCCAUAUGGCAGACCAGUAUACUUCGAAAGUACAUACUUCAAACAUGACCACUUAAAAUUCAAAACUUCGGGAUCUAAUGGAACACAGAAUCCCUGGAAGUCUGCAGUGAACAGCAGACUACUUGCAUUUAAUAGUAAACAUUUGUACAGUGAAGACUGGACCCCACGGGGAAAAAAGGGAAAGAAAGCGUCUGGAGUCGCUUAAAACCUUCAAACAUUGAAAGUUGUGAGGCUAUGAUCAAAAGUGAAAAUUACCAAAUACGAGUAUAAGGAGCGAAAUGGACUCCAAAUAAUGCACUUGACAAGUGAUUCAAAACAUGUUUUACCUCAAGUGCAGUGUUGCUUACAUUUUUAUUGGAUCUUGACAUACACAAACUAGUACCAUUAUCAUCUUCCAUUAUUGUCAUUGAUAUUGUCUUGUCAUUUCUCAUUUCAUUUUUCUCCCACCGCCAUUCCACAAGAAUAUGAUACAAGUUUGUAGACAUUUAUUUUAAACCUUUUGCAGUGUUCACCAAAACUAGUUUUUUCGCCCUUGAGUAAUCUUAGUUGAAUGUUUUAACUCCAAUUGCCUUUUUGUUAGUCAAAAGAUUAAUACACAAGAUAGUCAUUCUAAUAGUUUCCUGUUAUUAUAGGGCAACCUACCAUUUUGUACUUUAUUAGAUCUCAGGGAUCUUGUCUCCCAAUAAUCUUCAGUGAAUCUGGAUUUAUUUUUCACAUAUUUGUAAUGGAACCUUUGUAUGCUUCAUUUAAAAACUGAAAACGAGCAAUCUCAACCCCUAAUCAAAUCAACCUUGUAUUUGUGAUUUUAGUCCAUUUGAUUUUUAUGCAACAUUUUUCAGUGACACUUUAUUUUUUAUGUUUAGCAUUCUAGUUUUACAUGUGUAUAUCAUCGAGCAUCUGUUAAUAAACCAUAUUUAAAAUUUUGAAA